AAGUAUGUAACCUGUCCUUGCUUUGGCAGGUGUUUCCAGGACCAGCAGUAGAGGGCAGAGCAUAAAGGAUGGCACAGCUGCUUUCUUUGACCUGGAUGCUGGUGGUAAUGGUGGUAACCCCUUGGCUCACUGUAGCUGGAGCCAAUGACUCAUCAGAAGCAAGAAAGUGUUCUGAAUGCCACAGCAAUGCUACCUGUACGGUGGAUGGGGUGGUGACGACAUGCUCCUGCCAGAAGGGCUUCACUGGCGAUGGGCUGGUAUGUGAAGACAUGGAUGAGUGCGCCACCCUACAGACUCACAACUGCUAUGCCAACAGUAGCUGUGUGAACACCCUAGGCUCCUAUGAGUGCUCCUGUCUGGAUGGCUUCCGUCUGAUGCCUGGGCUGGGCUGCAUUGAUGUGGAUGAGUGCUCAGAGCAGGGACUCAAUGACUGUCAUGCCCUGGCCACCUGUGUCAACACAGAGGGCAACUACUCGUGCUUGUGUCCUGAAGGUUACGGAGGGGAUGGUUGGCACUGUGAGUGUUCCCAGGGAUCUUGUGAGCCAGGACUGGACUGCCUGCCCCAGGGCCAGGAUGGAGCAUUGGUGUGCGAGGAUCCCUGCAGCGUGUAUGAGACCCUGACUGAGUACUGGCGCAGCACAGAGUAUGGUGCUGGAUACUCCUGUGACUCAGGUCUGCAAGGCUGGUACCGGUUCACAGGCCAGGGUGGUGUGCGCAUGGCUGAGACCUGCGUGCCGGUCCUGCGAUGCAACACGGCUGCGCCCAUGUGGCUCAAUGGCUCUCAUCCUUCAAGCAGCGAGGGCAUUGUGAGCCGCACGGCCUGCGCGCACUGGAGUGGCCACUGCUGCCUGUGGUCCACACAGGUCCAGGUGAAGGCUUGCCCAGGUGGCUACUAUGUUUACAACCUGACGGAGCCUCCAGAGUGCAAUCUGGCUUAUUGCACAGAUCCUAGCUCUGUGGAGGGGACUUGCGAAGAGUGCGGGGUAGACGAGGAUUGCAUAUCAGAUAACGGCAGAUGGCGCUGCCAAUGUAAACAGGACUUCAACAUCACAGAUGUCUCCCUCCUGGAGCACAGGCUGGAGUGUGGGGUCAAUGACAUCAAGAUGUCCCUCAGCAAGUGCCAGCUGAAGAAUCUGGGCUUUCUGAAGAUCUUCAUGUUCCUGAGUGACAACCAGUGCUCAGGCUUCAGCGAGAGGGGUGAACGAGACUGGAUGUCGGUGGUGACCCCUGCCCGGGAUGGUCCCUGUGGGACAGUGUUGAGGAGGAAUGAAACUCAUGCCACCUACAGCAACACCCUCUACCUGGCAAAAGACAGCAUCAUCCGUGACGUCAACAUCAGAAUCAACUUUGAGUGCUCUUACCCACUAGACAUGAAAGUCAGCCUAAAGACCUCCCUACAGCCCAUGGUCAGUGCCCUGAACAUCAGCUUGGGUGGGACAGGCAUGUUUACUGUGCGGAUGGCACUGUUUCAGAGCUCUACCUACAUGCAGCCCUACCAAGGCCCCUCUGUGAUGCUGUCCACUGAAGCUUUUCUAUACGUGGGCACCAUGCUGGAUGGAGGUGAUUUGUCCCGGUUUGUACUGCUAAUGACCAACUGCUAUGCCACGCCCAGUAGCAACUCCACAGACCCUGUGAAAUACUUCAUUAUCCAGGACAGAUGUCCACAGACAGAGGAUACAACCAUUCAGGUGAUGGAGAAUGGCGAGUCCCCUCAGGGACGAUUUUCUGUUCAGAUGUUCCGGUUUGCAGGAAAUUACGACCUUGUCUACCUGCACUGCGAGGUGUACCUGUGUGAUGCUGUGAAUGAACAGUGCAAGCCUACCUGCUCUGGUACUAGAUUUCGAAGUGCGAACUUUAUAGAUCAGACUCAUGUCCUGAACUUGGGUCCCAUCACACGACAAGGUGUCCAGGCCUCAGAGUCCAAGGCUGCUUCCAGAAACUUGAGGCUCCUGAGCAUCUGGCUGCCCCUGUCUCUCUCAGCCUCUUUGACCCUGACCUUUCAGUGAUGGACCACAGGAAAUCUGGUGUGGGUCACAGCUUUCUUCCUGCUGGCCAGGAGGGGAGAUGCAGGCUGGUUUUCAGCCACAGGAGAGGGAGCUGAUGCUGCCUCCAGCUUGCACUUAGUCUUUUGCCCUUUAAUCCUCACUAUCAAAAACAAGUUGGUAUCUUUCAGUGCUGCUCUUUCUCAGAAUGGGAUUUGUGAUAUGUGGGCACAUGAAGCCUAUGUCUCCUUAAAGAAUGUGGCAAAAUCAUAAGAUUAAAGCAUCAGCUUUUGGAAUCAUUGAUUCAAAUCUUUACUGAGUACACUGUUGGUGUGGGCACUGUCUGUUGUGCUGAACAUCAUGUGAUGGGAAAAAAAAAAACAGACCUUUUCUCUAUAUGGACUUCACAGUUGCUCCAAGAGAUGGGGCUCAAUAAAUGCUCUGCUACACAUGUCUG